AUGGAUACUACAGCAAUGAGCCCACUCACUGUCACUCCACUAGGUUUUAUUCCAGACUCAAAUGCCACACUCAAUGAGACUGCCUGUGAAAACUGGAAAGAGAUCCAUCACCUUGUUUUCCACGUGGCAAACAUUUGCUUUGCAGUUGGCCUGGUUAUUCCAACCACUCUGAAUCUUCACAUGAUUUUUCUGCGUGGCCUGCUGACCAUAGGCUGUGCAUUGUUCAUCAUUUGGGCUACACUCUACCGUUGUGCCUUGGACAUCAUGAUCUGGAACUCUGUGUUUUUGGUGGUCAACCUUUUACAUUUCAUCUACCUGGUGUACAAAAGGAGGCCGAUCAAGAUAGAGAAGGAAUUGAGCAGCCUCUACAAAAGAAUGUUUGAACCUCUCCAUGUGCCUCCAGAGCUCUUCCAGAAACUAACUGGACAAUUCUGCAACAUUCAGACUUUAAAGACAGGUCAAGCCUAUGCUGCAGAAGAUAAAACCUCAGUUGAUGAUAGGCUAAGCAUCCUGCUGAAGGGGAAAAUGAAGGUGUCUUACCGAGGGCAUUUCCUGCACAACAUUUACCCCUGUGCCUUUAUCGACUCUCCCGAAUUCCGCUCCACGCAGAUCAACCGGGGGGAGAAAUUCCAGGUCACCAUUGUUGCAGAUGAUAACUGCAAGUUCCUGUGCUGGUCCAGGGAAAGGCUGACUUAUUUCCUGGAAUCUGAGCCAUUCCUUUAUGAGAUCUUUAAGUACCUUAUUGGCAAAGAUAUUACCAAUAAACUCUAUUCCUUGAACGACCCCACCUUAAACGACAAGGCUUGCAAGCAGAUUGAUCGACAGCCCAGCCUUUGCUCCCAGCUCUCUGUGAUGCAGAUGAGGAACAGCAUGGCCAGCACCAGUGACAGUGAGGAUGGCUUGCAGAUGUUUCUGCGGGGGACUUCCUCUGCAUCCUCCCUUCGCCCAGGCCGGACAUCUCCCUACCUGAGAACUUCAGCAAAAAUGAAGCCAAUAGAAGAAAGUGUUGAAGAUGAUGUCUUUGAAGCACCAUCUGCUGAUAAGCUUGAACUCCAGCAGCUGCCUUGAACAGAUUUGCUCUCAGGUGUGUCAGAGCUUGCACAAAGCCCCAGUGCAAGAGGAAGAAGCUGAAUUUUGGGAGGAAGCUGGAAGCUGAAACCACCUCUCCAUGUUCAGAUUUACCACAGUGUACAU